AUCUCUUGACACAGGAAGUAAAACAAAACAACAGGCCAAAAUGUCUGAUAAAAAGAUGACAACGAGCCGUAGGAACUACCUGAAGAGCUUGAUGCUCCAGAUCGCUGCCGGCUUGAUCGAGGCUGAGGCGGUCGAGGCUGAGGCAGAGAAGGCCAGGUACAUGAAGGAGAACUGCCCUGCCCCAGAAUUCUUGGUAUCCAUGGCAGAGCUCACGGACUUGUGCAAGAAGCUCCAUCAGAAGAUCGAGAGGGUUGAUGAGGAGAGAUACGACAUGUCAACCAAGGUGACCAAGUCCGAGAAGGAGGUUGAGGACUUGAAGAUGAAGGUAGUUGAACUGAAUGGAAAGUUCAGGAAGCCCGUCCUGAAGAAAGUCCGCAUGUCUGCUGAUGCUAUGCUUCAGGCUCUGCUGGGCUCCAAACACAAGGUGUCCAUGGAUCUGAGGUCCAACCUGAAGCAAGUCAAGAAGGAGGUCAAGGAAGAGGACAAAGAUGCUGUGGGUGACUGGCGUAAGAACAUCGAAGACAAAUCAGACAGAAAGAAGAUGUUUGAGACUCAUAAGGAGUAGAUGUUCCUGGAGUUCCAGACAGGAAGAUGUUUGAGACUCAUAAGGAGUAGAUGUUCCUGGAGUUCCAGACAGGAAGAUGUUUGAGACUCAUAAGGAGUAGAUGUUCCUGGAGUUCCAGACAGGAAGAUGUUUGAGACUCAUAAGGAGUAGAUGUUCCUGGAGUUCCAGACAGGAAGAUGUUUGAGACUACUAAGGAGUAGAAACAAAAACCUGUCUGGAACUCUUCUGACACAUAUCCACGUGUAUAAUCAAACGCUCCAGUUUAAACGAACGAGCUAUGUGUUCGGAGUUCCUUUUGUCCCCCAAUUGGAUAUCUAGUCUUUUGUUUCACACAAAACACAAAAACAGUUACGUGACCCCCCCCCCCAAAAAAAUUAUA